AAUAAGGGCCGCGGGGUGGACUCAGAAGACUUUCACUUCUUUUCAGAAGAAACGAUCCAGAAGUUUGUUGAGUCCUUUUUCUCGUCUGCUUUGGAGCUUUUUCCUUUUGCCAAAUUCCGCUAUCUGCUAGCUUGUUGUCUUCCCGCUCGUGAUCAUACCAUAUCUGCGAGAUCAUGGAGGUCGACUUGCCCAGUCUCUGCGGAAACCGUGGAUCCAAAUGGAACCUGAAUCUAUCUAGAAGUGGAUAGUUCUAAGAUAUCGGAACUGAACCUACCCUGACCGUUGAAAAGGACAAGUUUGGUACUGCGCAUCUAACUGCUUGUGCCAGGACCAAUUUUUUUCCGGGUCCAACAUUCUUGCAUAUUCAGGCAUCUCGAGGUUUAUUUAUAGAAACUAUAAGCCUCGAAGGUUGGAGGGCUUCUCGACAUUUUAGCUCAGGUAGUGCGUCUGGGGAUCAUCAGUCGAAGAGUGUAUGCUGAAGGUGAGGGGAGGUCUACCAAGUCACUGACAGAUGGGGAUGGAACAAGGAUGAAAGGGGAGUAAGUAGCAGUGGAGUCGCUGUUCAUUGUUUGCUUUGUCCAUGUCGCUGCAAAAUGCCGCUCCAAAAUAACCCAGAACUAUCUACAGUCUGGAGAUCGGGACAACCCUUUUUUAAGUUAGCGAGGCUUUUCCUACAUUGCAGCUCUGCUAUUGCCAGUCUUCAUUCAUCAGUGGUAGACCAUUGAAGUUGCCUAAGGAUCUGUAGCUGGCAUGGGUAAGCCAAGGGACAAGUUCUGGGAUCACGCUGAAGCUAUAUCUAAUGAAGGUGAAGGGCCUCGUUGGAAGUGUAAGUUCUGCAACAAAAUAUUUUCCGGGGGAGCUUCUAGGAUAAAAGCACAUUUGAGUAAGGCCGGAGGUGGAGGAAUUAAAGUUUGCGAAGCAGUUGAUGAAGCUACAAUGGAAGCAGCUAAGGAGGCACUUGAAGGACUGGAGUCGAAUAAAAAGAAUACAAAGAGAAGAAGGCUGGAGACUGGUAUGAGUUCACCGUCAGUGAACCCACAAGUGGCGGAUCUGCAACCUACUCUGCCAUUUCUUGGCCAGAGCAACCUCGAUUCACUACUGCAGGGGAGUCCUGAUGCAAUUCAUGGAACCGGCUUGCCAAGGCAGUGUGAGCUGAUGGAUCUGGACGACAUCUCGACUUGCUCCGGUUUUGGGGAAUCUACUAUGUGUGCCAGGAUGCAAGAAUUCAGGGAUGAAAUACUGGUAGAAGGUCCAUCAAAUGCUCAAAUCAAUGACCAAAGUAACAUGCCAUGGUCAAUCUUUGAUGCUGCCGCAGUUGACAGAUCGGAUUGGCAUCAAUAUGGCACUCUCCCAGAACAAGUGCUGCACCUUGUGUCAGAUGAUCACUGUCGUUCGAUGGCACGUGACUUGCAAGGUGAAAAUGCAAACUCACCAUCACCUGAGAUCCAAUCCUUGCAACCAGAUGCUCCCAUUCUGCUACCUGUGAAGGCUCGGCCACCUCUUUCUGAAAGCACCCUCAAGGUGAGAACAUCAGAGGUUAAUAUCUGUGAAGACAACCCAGUGCAAGGCGAGCAUGAUCCAUUAGUUGAAGCAUGUAAAGCUAAUAACACUAUGAUCAUGCAACCCGAUCGUUUUGAUCCAAUGCAAAUCGAUCUAGAUCCCAACAAUGGGGGCAUUGCUUCACUUCUCCCACAGCUUUCUUCUGGGUCAAUCUCAGCUGCAACGGAUUUUAAACAAGAUGAGAUGUUAGCACCCAAAUUAACGGGUCGGGAUUUCAUCGUGGAUAAGCUCUGGGACUUCUUAAUGAAAGAUAAUAUUUUACGCAUUGGCGUCUAUGGGAUGGGGGGAGUGGGGAAAACCACAACCAUGAAGCACCUAUAUAAUAAAUUAUGUGCAAGUACUGCCUUUGCUAAUGUAUUAUGGAUUACUGUGUCUAAAGAUUGCAGAAUCCAUGACCUUCAAAACAAGGUUGCGAAAGCACUCAAUGUGCCGGACCUUUUCAAGGACGUUGACGAGGCGAUGAGGUCAACAUUGUUGUUCAACCAUUUGAGAAAGAAAAUGAAAUCUUUAAUUAUUUUAGACGAUAUCUGGCAGCAUUUUGAGCUCAAAGAGGUAGGAAUUCCAGUGAUGAAAGAUGGCAUUCAGCUUGUAUUGACCACUCGUGAUGUUGGUAUUUGUCAGAGGAUGUUGUGCCAAGAGGUAAUUAGGGUCAAGCCCCUAUCUGAUGAAGAAUCGUGGAACUUGUUUUUAGAGACACUUCAUUCUGAUCUAUCUCCUAGUCGGAUAGCUAUUGCAGAGAGUAUCGUAAAGGAGUGCAAGGGGCUGCCACUCGCUAUUAAUGUUUUGGCGGGAAGCAUGAGGGGAGUGGACAGUGAUCAUGGAUGGGAAGACACACUGGAAAAACUAAAAAAACCAGAAGCUCUGCAAGAGGACAUGCGAACAGGUGUUUUCCCAAUUCUACUACACAGUUACAGCCGCUUGAAUGUAAAGAAGCAACAGUGCUUCUUACAAUGCGCUCUGUAUCCUGAGGAUUGGAAAAUCUAUACAGGAGAAUUGAUAGAAUCUUAUAUUGAUGAGGGGUUGAUUCGUGGGGAUAGCAGGUGGAAGAUGUACAACGAAGGCCACCAAGUAUUAGAUGAACUAGUAAAGGCAUGUCUCUUAGAAGAGGUAGCUCAUUACUCUUAUAAUUAUCAUUUUUAUGAUAUUUAUGGAGGUCGGAGAAGAGUUAGGAUGCAUGAUGUGGUUCGACAUAUGGCAUUGUACAUUAUGAAUGGAAACAGCCCAUGCAUGGUAAAAUCUGGCUUAGGUUUGGAAGAUGUGCCGAAUGAGGAUGAAUGGUUCCCUAGUCUUCAAAAGGUCUCCUUGAUGUACAAUAAAAUAGAAGUAGUUCCAUCCAUGUCACCAAACUGUCCCCAGCUCUCAACUCUAUCGCUAAGGGGAUGCUCGGGACUAUGUGAUAUCCCACAAUGUUUUUUUGAGCGUAUACGGGAGUUGAAGGUUAUUGAUUUGAGCCAUACUCACAUCACAAGAGUGCUUGGAUCUGUCAUAAACCUGGACAAGUUGAACGCACUAUUACUCAGAAAAUGCUCUAAAUUAUCUCGUAUUCCGUCCCUGGUGAAGUUGACAUUGCUAAAGAAGUUGGACCUCCGAGGGUGUAAAGGUAUUGAAGAAGUACCAGAUGGUUUGGGAAUGUUGGUUAAUCUAACAUAUCUCGACUUAUCAGAAACAAGAAUUGAGAGGAUUUCAAAUGGAGUAAUCAGUGAGUUAAAGAAGCUACAGUAUCUUAGAGUGGAGUAUAUAGAAGUGAAGGGAGAAGAAGUUGGAAAAUUGAAGAAGUUGGAGCUACUCCAAUGUCGUUUUCUAAAUGUAAAGGAGUUGAACAAGUACACACAGGCGCAGCAAGCAACAACUAUAAAGUCAUACAUUCUCCUCAUAGGACCUCAUGCAAAUCAUAAGUAUUGGCAUAAUAUGCGCCAGUUUGUACAUAAUAAUGAUGAUGACAAUCUUUGGGAUAAGAAAGUCGUAAUUAUGGGUGAAGGGCAGUACAACAUAGGAGAAGUCUGUCAUCUCCCAAGAGACAUGAAGGCAUUGCGGAUUGAUGGUUUCUCUGGGAGCUGGAAUACGUCCAGCUUUUCACAGCUUGAAGAACUAGAGGUGCUACACAUAGAAAACUGCGGUGAGGUAACGGCAUUGAGUGGCAGUGGGAGUGCAAGUCGAGGACAGCCUGGAGACCAUUGCCCCAAUCUCAAGGUGCUGGUCAUCCGUAAAUGGCCAAAACUAAAGCAUAUGUUGGUGCUUGGACGUAGCUGCAGUAGUACUUUCUACCUUAAGAAACUAAAAUGGUUUAGGAUACAUGGUUGCAAGGAGCUGGAGAGCAUAGUAGCAGCAGAAGAAGCAUCAUCAUCAUCAUCAUCACCACCACCACCACCACUGCUGCCACCAGGUGCAUUCUCCCAAGUCCAAUCAAUUCGCAUCAUUGACUGUCCAAAGAUGAAGAAUUUGAUAGGGCCUGAAUUGCUUCCUCAUCUCCAUUUCCUCCAGUGGAUAUCCAUUGAUGGCGCCAUCAAUAUGGAUGAGAUAAUAGUAAUGCCAUCCCCACGUCGUCCUCCAGCCAUGUCCCCCCUUCUUCCUCUCCUUACAAGCAUAUAUGUCUCGGGAAGUGAAAAGAUGAAGCGGGUGCUAAGUGUUGAAUUAUUCAUGAUCCUCCCCAACCUCCAGGAAAUCACUGUCCAGAGAUGUGGACAGAUGAAGGAGGUGAUAGGCCAAGAAUUAUUAUUAGACCACGGAGCCACGUUCGGAACCAACAAUACGAGCAGCUUGUUGUCGCACCCAAUUGCAGCAUCUCCUGAUCAAUUAAGUGCAAGAAAGCUGACCUUGAAACUGUACCACCUUGAGGAGUUGGAGAGCAUAUGCAGUUGGGCUGGACUUCGGGAUCUCAUACAUGUCAUUGAUAUAAAGAACUGUCCGAAGCUGAAAAGGAUUGAAAUGCUUGAUGUUCAUGAUGGAAUGAUAGUCGCUUCUCCUCCGCCUUCUCUAAAGGAGAUAUUACUAUCAAUAGACGGAGAUGGAGAAUGGUGGGAUUCUCUGGAGUGGUUCCACCCCGUGGCCAAGACUGCCCUUGAACCUUAUGUGUUCAUCACCCCCAGAUAUCCGACUCACAAAAUUCCUAUACAGGAAUGGCGGUCGGCCAUAAUCUUAGGGAGGAAACCUAAAAUGUGGCGGAGGAAGUAAUGAUGCCCGUCAAGGCUGGCAUAUGUGCAGAAUCUGUGGAAGGGGAGCUUUAUGUGUUCUAUACCUGCACUUAUCCUUUGUGCAUAAAUCGCUGAUUACGCAUGUGUAAGAGGAAGCAAAGGAUUGUGCAGGACAUGCAUGAAGACGACAGUGGUUAUCGAAAAUGCUCCGCAGGCAAAUCGAGAACGGAUACGUAUUUGAUAUGUCUAUGGUUGGUAGUCUACUACUUUUGAAUUCUAGUUCUAUUCCUUUUCUCGUGAUACGUAGUAAAAGAUGUUCUCUUAUAAUUAAAUAAACAUUUGGCUCGAGAACUUGAAAAAGCUGAUGUUCCAUAUGUUUGUGAUUUGCAUGGAAGAAUCUCCCAUGGCAAGGGAAUCUUGGCCUUCCAAGGUGGUGGUCCAUGUUCUGGUUUUAUUUUUCGAGAGAAUUAUAUUGAUUAUCAUAUAUGUGGUUACGUUUGGUACACCUGAACGAGAAGAAAGAGAAUGGGAUGGUCCAAUAAGAGCAUUCCACUUUUGAUA